AUGAUCCUUGCUGCAGAAAUCUCACCCUCCGAAUAAUGACUCUUUAAAACCAGUUAACUAUGCCGAAAAAGAAGCCCACUCCUGUCGAGGAGCUUCUUAUUCCGCCCCAAGAUCAACGUAUCUGCGGGACGAUAUGUUUGUGUCAGAUGACAUUGGUUUUGAGCAGUGUCGCGAUAGUGUAUUUGACCGUAGCGAUUUACGUGCCGUCUACGCGAGCCCUGCAGUCUGGCAUAUCGGAGCACCCGGUGAUGUGCACCACCGUAAGGGCUGUCACGGUCGAGACCUGCGAUUGGGGCUCAUGUGGCGAGUGGUGUCUUAGCAAAACCUCCGGUUCCUGCAUGCAGAUCUACGUCAAUUUGAGGCAGAACGGUUCCAAUCUCCUUUUAGCUAACUGUACAAAUAUCGCUCAAAAAUUUUGCUACGGCAAAGACCAAGAGGUGGCGAAGAAAAAUCGUUGCAUCGCGGACGAAUGCAAAAAUCUAACAGGAACCUUCAAUUGUACAACAGGAAAUUGCAUUGAUAUCACCGACUCCUUUGAAUGUGUUUAUAGAGAAACCGACCCUCCUUUGAAGUGUUCCGGGCGUAGAGGUAAAAUAACUUGCAUUGAUUUACAUGGGUUAUAUAACUGCAAUAGGGGAACGUGUGAGCGGAUACGUUCCCCAUAUAACUGCGACAGGCAAUGCGGAGACAUUCCUACAAGAAACAAGAAUGUAAUCAUGAUGAGCGGCGACGAGGUGUAUCUAUCACAAUGUCAAAGAUGCAUAGAUCUCGAUACAGGUAAAGAAGUUUGGAACGAAUCAGAAGAGAACAUUGUGAUGGCCUCGUGCUUGAACGUUGUAAAUACCAGCCGAGGUCUCGAAGCAACCGAUUGCAUCAACGGAACAUUAUUGGCUAAUAACGUAUUAGCCGACAUGGCAAAUUUCACGUAUUUAAGCUACCUCAGCGUAUUUAACACAGUUAUUUUAGAUAAAGACAGAAAAGUGGCACCUCCAGAAGUCGACUUGCUAAUAGCCAACGACAGCAAGCUCCUGAUCAACUUGGAAGGCUGCGUGAAUACUUUGCGAGACGAAUGCAAAGACUUCUUGAAAUUUUAUGGUAAAGACGGUACCGAUCACAACGCCAGAGCAAGGUUUCCCUGUUUUUACUCGACGGAAAACCCAGAAGUCGUGGUAGCGCGCUUUGACCUGGCCACAACCACCAAGCAGUUCAUCAUUGCUUCGCUUUUACCGACUACUUUAUUUAUUGUUUCUUGUCUGACUCUGAUAUUUUGCCAGCGCACUGUGGUAGUUGGAGAUGAUGCAAAAAUGCGUUUUCAGGGCUGCGUCAAGGCGGAAACGGACUCAGUGAUAGAGAAAGCUGCGUCCAGCAACAAUAUAAACGAUAGAGGUGGAGGAAAUUCAAUAAUGGCGCUUUGAGAUCAGCAACGCGUUCCCCUUUUGCUGGACCGAGACUGAUGAAGUCGCUAGGUAGAUUGCACCACCGUAUUUCCAUCUCGAAGGGGAAGGCGUCGAUACUUUCGAAUUGUUUCACUUGACUUCUGUUAUUUUCAUUGUUAUCGACA